CCUAAUAUCCCUUCCUUCCUCAGUUCUUUCUUUGUAUUUAGAAGUACUACUGAUCAUCUAGCUCUGAAAUAGUAAGAAAUGGCUGCAGGACAGACAUGGACAGCAAAGCAAAACAAGCUGUUUGAGAAUGCUUUGGCCAUAUAUGACAAGGAUACCCCAGACAGAUGGCAAAAUCUAGCCACAGCUGUGGGUGGAAAAACUGUGGAGGAAGUGAAGAGGCAUUACCAGGAUCUUGUUGAAGAUCUCAAGCAGAUUGAGACUGGCCAUAUCCCACUGCCCAAUUACAGAUCCAGAACUGGAGGUAAAAACAUCAAAAGUUACAGUACUUAUCUGGAUGAAGAAGAAAGGCUGAAGGGUCUGAAGCUCUAAUGAAGCCCUGAAUGGUAGAAGCUAGCUAUAUCUAUAAUAUGCAGAAAAUGGGACUCCAUUACGUUUCAACAACUCCCUAUGCAAAUAAUUAUAUACCCUAUAAAAAUAAAAAAUAAAUAAAUAAAAUUAAAAAAAGAAAAAAGAAAAAAGGAAGCCCUCAUAUAUUAUGUAUAGAGAGAUGCAGUAGUAUACUCAAAAAAGACUAUUUGUAACGAUAAUAGACUCAUCUUGAAAAGAAAUAGGUAUUUUCGUAAAAAAUAACUAGCAAUAAAUAAACAGCUUUCUUAUGGAAAGUAGUAAUCCAAGAAUAAGAUGCAACUAGAUAUCUAUUUUGCCUGUUUCUACAGUCAUGUUACAUAUUUGGUUCGUUUGCUUGUAUCAAAGUACCGUACGUACGUACGUACAAUGUAAAGUGAAUUAAUGUGUGUAUAUAUAUAUG